CGUCCGCUCGAUCCCUCUCCAUUCAUUCACGCCUACUCUCAUGUGCAGUCCUGUUUGGUUUCUUUGCGUUCUUCAGCACAGACAGAAAAGCAAGGGGGAAAUUUUUCACUCUGAUUCUCCGCAAGGGAAAACAACCUGAAAAGCUCCUUACGGUUUGAGUUUGGAAGAAAUUCCGUCUGAUACAUGCGGGACGAAAGAAGACACAGUUAUUUUAUUUAUUAUUUUACGCAUCAGCCGCACGUAGCUUGGAGAGGCAAAAAGCAGGUUGUGUUUUUUGAAACACAACUUAGCUCUGCAGAACGUCACAUCGGGAGAUUUCCACAAGAGGAACUAAUUUUGUCAAGUUUGCAGAGGUAGACUACCUGUCAGAGAGAGGGGGAAAAAAACAUCAACGCAAAGAAGCACCGUGGAAAGCUACGCGUCAUUUCCAAGACACCAGCGCAACAAGCCAACACCAUUACACCAGCCUGCUGUGUGAAUGGCACACGGGGUGUCUUCCUCUGUUGAUCUGGUGCAGGGUAGCCACGCUGUGACCAGGGUCCAGCUGAGAUUCUCGGCUUUCUAGCGAUAUGAAAGAUAAGUUCACCUCCUGAGGCCACAACUUCCACCCUGAGCUGACUCACUGACAACUGGACCCAGACCCUCACAUGUGACGUGGAUUGAACUCCAGCAUCAGAAAACUCCCAGCAUCAUUGCGCUGCCAUGUCCCUGCACAAGCGUGACCUGAAUUUCCCUCCGUUUUUCACACCAUGUAUGUUCAUCUCUGUUCUGCUGCUGCUGCUCCCCGGAGUCACUCACUUCUCCCAGGCUAGUGCCAGCCAUGAAGAUUCUCACAGCUCACCAGGCAACUGCUCCAGUGAAGAUAACUGCUCCGAUGGCGUUGUUCUGCCUAUGUGGAACCCUCAAAACCCUGCGGUUGGCGACAAGGUCGCACGUGCCAUUGUCUAUUUUGCAGCACUCAUAUACAUGUUCCUUGGCAUGUCUAUCAUUGCAGACCGCUUCAUGUCUUCUAUCGAGGUCAUCACCUCUCAAGAGAAAGAGAUCACCAUCAAGAAACCCAAUGGGGAGACGACCACAACCACCGUGCGCAUCUGGAAUGAGACGGUGUCCAACCUGACACUGAUGGCGCUGGGCUCAUCUGCUCCAGAGAUCCUGCUGUCAGUCAUUGAGGUAGUCGGCCAUAAUUUUGAGGCUGGAUCUCUGGGUCCAAGCACCAUUGUAGGAAGCGCUGCAUUCAACAUGUUCAUCAUCAUCGCUAUCUGUGUUUAUGUGGUGCCAGAGAAUGAAAUACGCAAAAUAAAGCACCUAAGGGUGUUUUUUGUCACUGCGGCCUGGAGCAUGUUCGCCUACAUCUGGCUCUAUCUCAUCCUGUCUGUAUUCUCCCCCGGAGAGGUAGAGGUUUGGGAGGCAAUCCUUACCUUCUUCUUCUUCCCCGUCUGUGUGCUGCAAGCCUGGAUUGCAGACCGACGUCUGCUCUUCUACAAGUAUGUAAACAAGCGCUAUCGUGCUGACAAGAGCCGUGGCAUUAUCAUUGAGUCAGAAGGAGAUGCCAUGUUCACAAAAAUGGACUUGGAGAUGGACGGCCAGGGUGUGAAUUCUCACACCCACCCUAAAGAGGCUCUAGAUGGGAUGCUGGAGGGAGUGGAAGAAGGUGGAGGGUUAAGUGCGGAGCAAGAUCAAGAGGAGGAAGCUCGGCGAGAGAUGGCGCGCACCCUGAAAGACUUAAAACAGAGGCACCCUGAGAAAGACAUGGAGCAGCUGAUCGAGAUGGCGAACUACCAAGUGCUGGUCCAGCAGCAGAAAAGCCGGGCCUUUUACCGCAUCCAAGCAACGCGCAUGAUGAUUGGAGCUGGGAACAUCUUGAAGAAGCACGCCGCAGAUCAGGCCAGGAAAGUGGUGAGCUGUCAUGAAGCCACUGGGCAAGAGGAGGACCCUAACACCAUCUACCUGCAGUUUGAACCCUCUCACUACCAGUGCUUUGAGAACUGUGGGUCACUUAAGCUGUCAGUGAGCCGGCAUGGAGGAGAAAGCGGCUGCACUGUGAAGGUGGACUACAGGACGGAGGAUGCAACGGCCAAUGCUGGCUCAGAUUAUGAGUUUGCUGAAGGCACUCUGGUCUUCAAACCCGGCGAGACCACUAAAGAGUUCACAGUUGGCGUUAUUGAUGAUGACAUAUUCGAAGAGGACGAGCACUUCUACGUGCGCCUCAGCAAUCCACGAAUCGUGCACAGAGCCGAGGUCUCCGUCCUGGAGCCUAGCUCCAUCACCUCCAGCAACAGCACGGUAGGCCUGUCCUCCCACAUCCCUCCAAAGGCAGCCCUCGGCAACGCUCACACCGCCACAGUUACGAUCUACGACGACGACCACGCUGGCAUCUUCACAUUCGAGAGCAACUCCACCAGGGUGAGCGAGAGCGUCGGCAACAUGCAGGUGAAAGUUCACAGAACGUCCGGGGCGAGGGGGAAGGUGGCGGUGCCUUACCACACAGUCGAGGGCACCGCCAAGGCAGGAGAGGACUACGAAGAGGUGUCCGGCAAGCUGGAGUUUCAGAACGAUGAGACGAUGAAGAUGCUGAACGUCAAGAUCAUCGAUGAUGAAGAGUACGAGAAGAACAAAACUUUUACCAUCGUGUUGGAGGAGCCCAUCCUGCUGGAGGUCGGACAGAGACACGGAGACACCAACGAUAACAAGACAGCAGUGGGACCGGAGGACGUGUCAAAGAUGGGCUGCCCCUGUCUGGGUGAGCACACCAAGCUGGAGGUGGUUAUUGAAGAGUCCUAUGAGUUCAAGAGCACAGUGGACAAGCUGAUUAAGAAGACAAACCUUGCUCUGGUGGUGGGGAGCAGCAGCUGGAGGGAGCAGUUUGUUAGUGCUGUCACUGUCAGCGCAGGUGACGAUGAUGAAGAAGAAAGUGGCGAGGAGCGCUUGCCGUCCUGCUUUGAUUACAUCAUGCACUUCCUGACUGUUUUCUGGAAAGUCCUCUUUGCUUUCGUCCCCCCUACUGAAUACUGGAAUGGCUGGGCCUGCUUCUUUGUCUCCAUUUCCCUCAUUGGCGUUCUGACAGCUGUCACUGGGGACUUGGCCUCCCAUUUCGGCUGCACCGUCGGCCUCAAAGACUCGGUCACCGCCGUGGUGUUCGUGGCCCUUGGCACCUCUGUUCCAGAUACAUUUGCCAGUAAAGUCGCCGCCAUCCAGGAUCAGUACGCUGAUGCUUCCAUCGGAAACGUGACGGGCAGCAACGCAGUGAACGUCUUCCUGGGCAUCGGGGUGGCAUGGACCAUCGCCGCCGUUUUCUGGCACACCAAAGGCAAGACCUUCAAGGUGGACCCAGGCUCCCUGGCCUUCUCCGUCACCCUCUUCACCAUCUUGGCGCUGGUGAGCGUGCUGGUGCUGCUCUACCGCCGGCGUCCCAGCGUGUCAGGUGGAGAGCUGGGCGGCCCACGGACACCCAAGCUCCUCACUUUCUUUCUGUUCCUAUCCCUGUGGUUCAUCUACAUCCUGCUGGCCUCGCUGGAGGCGUACUGCCAUGUGCCUGGCUUCUGAGACUGAGGGAAACACACAGACCAGCUCCUCUCCUUGUUUUUACAAUCUUCUGACGUGUUUACUCUCGGUUUUUGUCUAUUUUCACAAAGGUUUAUAUCGAUUUGUAUCAUUAGUUAUUAUUGAUACCGCACAGUAUCUGAUUAACUUUGAAUCUUUGGACUUUUGCUACCACCCUCUUUGCUGUGAAAUACAGCUUAAGCCACUGAAAUAAACCCCUCCUCCUUUUUUGAAACAUUGUAUCCACUGGACACCUAUCUAAUCAUUGCUAUCAGCAUAGAUUACAUGAAACCUUGUGUCACUUUCAGGCAUCAUGUCCUCGCUCUGUGUGGACAUCAAUUUGAGUUAUAAAGGAAGCACAAGAUGAAGCAAGCAAUCAAACCAAUCCUUGUUAUUUGAAAGAUGGUGCAUGGAGUGACGCGACAUUUAAGUAAGAAGAAAGGCAUUACUGAGGUUGAAGUGGCUCGUAAAUGUGUGUUGAUAUUUAUUACUCAAUCUACUCAUUACUUAUUCAUUGUAUAUCAUGUAAAAUAUUAACAUUGUGCGUGGGAGUUCUGUGAAAGAGUAGGUGUGUUUUUUAAUUUUUGCACGUUAUCAGAAUAAGAGUUUCUUGGUAAACUAUUUUAAAAGUACUGUAUGUAAUAUUUUGACAUGGCUGUUUGACGUGUUGAUGUGUUCCUGUACAUGUGAAACACAGCUGUAUCAUAAUCACUGCCUGGUCCCCUCUUCCCAUAAAGCUUUUAAACCAGUGCCAUCACACAUCCAGGGUUUUAAAAGCCUUUUUUACCACAUAAAUCAGCCUGGAGCAGACUUUUUAAUCGUACUAUGAAUAUAAAUUCUUUAAGCACAUUAAUAAUUUUGGGUGUGUGGAUGUAUGUGUGUAUUUAUCUGCUCUCCUGCACAAGUCGCAAAAGGCUUGGCACUUUCUGGUUACUGAUAACACAAACAUUAGGGGCCAUGACAAUAAAAGGUGCAGCUUGAGAGUCUGUCACGCUGACACUGUGAACAUUUUCCAGCAUCAUCACUUUCAGAAAAAGCACAUUUUCUUUUUAAGAUGACUGUAGGAGACAUUUUUGGUCACUGUCACAGCACAAUCACCGAAAAACUCAAAAUUUGCAGAACAUGAAGACAUGUAUAGAACUUCCUGAGAGUGUCUCCUAGUAUCGCACAACAGUUGAUAUUGAAGUUUGUUUUUUAUUUAACCUAGAAUCAGUAGAGCCAUAUUUAUUGUAAAAGUAUUAAAGUAGAGGUAUUUAUAUGAUCAUUUUCAGUUUAUUGAUAUGCACG